AUGGAUUGUUCGGACAAGCAGGAGCCCAUCGCUAUUGUUGGUGCGGCAUGUCGCUUUGCUGGCGAGGCGUCAUCCCUGGGCUCACUAUGGGAUAUUAUCAGCAGGGUCAAAACUGGUUACUGUCCAGUUCCCCGCGAUAGAUGGGAUAGCAAUAAUUGGUACCACCCUGACCCAGAUCGAAAAGGUGGCAUUAGUUCACAGCAUGGGUACUUUCUUCAGCAAGACAUCAGCCACUUUGAUGCCCCCUUCUUCUCGAUAACAGCAAAGGAGGCUGCCGCCAUGGACCCGAUGAAGAGGAUGUUACUUGAAUCGUUCAAGAAGAGCUUGACUCUGAUAUAUAAGGCUAUAGCCGGUAUCCCCGUCGAGGAUCUUAUGGACAGCCGUACGGGUUGCUACGUCGGUUGCAUGACAAACGACUAUGAAAUGAUCUCCUUGCACGAUAUUUACGAUAUAGGACAUCCGGCAGCAACGGGUCUAAGUGAAGCAAUGACCGCUAAUCGAGUCUCGUGGUUCUUUGGUUUCAAAGGUCCGAGUUUGACACUUGAUACCGCAUGUAGCUCCUCGCUAUACGCUCUUCACCUUGCAUGUCAGUCACUAAGACUGAAAGAAACCAACAUGUCACUGGUCGCUGGAGUGAACCUCAUGAUCAAUCCCAAUACCUCGCAUCAGUUGACUGCAAUGCAUAUGCUUAGCCCUGAGGGAAUCUCUCACACAUUCGACGACCGUGCUAAUGGCUAUGGCCGAGGAGAUGGUAUUGGCGCCAUGGUCAUCAAACGUCUGUCAGAUGCCAUUCGCGAUGGCGACACCAUCCGUGCCGUUAUUCGAGGUUCUGGCAUCAACGCCGACGGCAAAACACCCAGUAUUACACAACCCAGUUCCACAGCACAAGCCGAAUUGAUAACUCAGACCUACGAGGAUGCAGGCUUGGAUCUAUCAGAGACGGGAUAUUUUGAAUGCCACGGCACAGGGACGCCAGUCGGCGACCCUCUUGAACUGACUGCUAUUGCCUCGACCCUUGGUGCAGCAAGGCGUGCAGCUGGAAAGACUCCUCUCUACAUUGGCAGUAUCAAGCCCACUGUGGGUCAUACAGAGGGGUGUGCUGGCCUGGCAGGAGUAUUUAAGUCGAUCUUGCUACUGGAAACAGGAAUGCUGGUUCCCACAUACGGCGUAGAACGGGUGAACCCGAAACUGAAGCUGAACGAGUGGCAUCUUGCUCUUCCACAAGAUGUGGCAAGAUGGCCGGCACAGGGGUUGCGUAGAGUUAGCGUUAACUCAUUCGGCUUCGGUGGUGCCAAUGCUCAUGUUAUUCUGGACGAUGCUUACCACUACCUCCAAGAAAGGGGUCUAACUGGUAAGCACAACACAGUCAUACACGACGAAGAUUCGGAUUCUCCUUUAGCUCUUCCGAAUGCACCACUAGAAAACGGAUUACUUCACGACGUAUCCAAAAAAGUAUUUGUCUUCAGCGGCAAAGACCAAGCUGGAGCCAAGCGUGUCUCUGAGGGCCUAAACACAUGGUUGCAAAGAGAUUCAAAGCACACUCAUGCCCCAUAUUUCUUGGAGAAUCUUGCAUACACACUCGCGCUACGUCGCACACACCUAGAGCACAGGACCUUUGUUAUUUCUAGUUCGCUGUCAGAGCUUACAGAAAGACUAUCGAAAGGGUUGCCAACAGCCACUCGAUCACAACGUCACGGCGAUAACCUUGUCAUGGUGUUCACAGGGCAAGGUGCUCAGUGGCCAGCAAUGGGACGCGAACUUUUCGAGAAUCCCAUCUUCCGACAAAGCGUUCAAGUUUCACAGUCUCAUCUCGAGAGCUUGGGCUGCCAGUGGAAUGCUAUGGAGGAGUUGAGUAAGAUGCCCAACCCAAACAUCAACCUUCCAGAGUACAGCCAGCCCCUCUGCACAGUGGUCCAGGUCGCACUGGUUGACCUUCUUCGCUUCUGGGGGAUUUCACCAACAGCAACCAUUGGACACUCGAGCGGGGAGAUUGCCGCCGCCUAUGGCGCAUCGCUUCUGACUCACUACAAUGCCAUAAAGCUAGCCUACGUCCGAGGUCUCAGUUCCGCCUCCGUGUCCAAACAAGGCGCAAUGAUGGCAGCUGGUAUUUCUCAUGAUGAUGCUGAGAUGUACCUUUCCCAAGUUGCACCCGGAUCUGCAGUCGUGGCUUGCAUCAACAGUCCCUCCAGCGUGACACUUUCUGGCGAUGUCGACGCCAUAGAAAAGCUGGAAAGUCUGAUUUCUGGCGAUGGGAAAUUCGCCCGCAAACUAAAGGUCACUACAGCGUACCACUCACCUCACAUGCGCGAGGUCUCACCGUCCUAUCUCGAGAUGAUUGGUGAUAUAUCAUUGAAGCAGAUAGAGGAGGCGAAGGACCGCAGAAGCAACAGCACGGUCAUGUAUUCAUCGCUUACCGGGUCUAUGAUCUCUUCUGCCAAAGAAUUGAACGCCCAGUAUUGGGUUGACAAUAUGCAGAAUCCCGUACAAUUCUCACAAGGUCUCUUGGCAUUGCUGAAGCACAAGAAAGUUGCGCCAGGCGGUACUCGUUCAGUGGCUGUACAAUGGGGAGGUUUUCUCGAGGUCGGGCCCCACGCAGCUCUCCAAGGACCGUUGCGACAGAUCAUUGAUGUGAGCAACAACAAGUUCGCCAAGUCUGCACCCUACAUCUCUAUGCUAGUUCGUGGAAAGGACGCACUGGAGACAUCACUGAACGUCGCCGGAGUACUUUGGACUGCGGGUUACAAGGUAGACAUGGGUGCUGUUAACGACAACAACAACAAAAGCAGCACCCCUCAGAUGCUUUGUGAUUUGCCCUCUUACCCCUGGAAUCAUACAAGAGGCUUCUGGCACGAAUCAUAUUUGUCUCGCUCUUAUCGUUUUCCUCCAGAUGUACGCAGUGACUUUCUGGGCAUGCCAGAAGAUUCCCAGAGUAGCUACGAGCCACGAUGGAGGAACUACCUGCGAGUAUCCGAAAACCCAUGGAUUGAAGAUCAUACAAUUACGGGAACCGUGCUCUACCCCGGGGCUGGCAUGCUUGUCAUGGCCUUGGAGGGCGUACUGCGAACCAGUGACUCGUCUAAGACUGUUGAGGGUUUCCGGAUGACCGAUGUCACAUUCGAACGCGGGCUAGUGAUAUCUUUGGAUGAUGGGUCGCCCGUGGAGACACGAACAAGUUUACACCCGCACAGUAUGAAACCUGACUCGUGGACCUUCACGGUCUACUCGAUGACCAACGGCUCUCCGUGGACGAAGCACUGCACUGGAACCAUUGCUCUCGUAUACAAGCAGGAAGCAAGCGAAGUGGAAGAGGAAAGCGUGGAUGCCUCGUGGCAGAGACAAUUGGGUCUAUAUAAGGCCUUGCUUUCCGAAGCUGAUGACUCCGCGGCUACUAUCGACGUUAAUGAGUUCUAUCAAAAUCUGGACUCCAUUGGCAUGCAGUACGGCCCCGCAUUCCGUAAUGUUAAGACACUCACGGCAGUGCCAUCUAAAAACGCCUCCUACGGAUCUGUGGCUGUUCCAGACACCAGGUCGACAAUGCCCAAACAUUAUGAGUCUCCCCAUGUCAUCCACCCAGCAACCCUAGACUCUAUAUUCCACCUAGUGAUUGCUUCCCUCGAUGCCGGCUGGCCGAAACAAAGUGCAGUGCCUUAUAGUAUCGAAGAGGUUUAUAUCGCCAGUGAUCAGCCACAGGAACCCGGGGCGCUCUACUCUGGUUAUGGUCGCGUGUUGUCCAAAAGCGGUCAUGAGAUCAACACUGAAAUGUUUGUAUCUGAUCAAGAGUGGGAAAAGCCAAAGCUUACGAUCAAAAAUUUUGCCCUCCGUCAGGUCACAUCUGGAGAGGGCUCUGAAACGGCUGGUACCGCAUUGUCUAGGGCCAUCAAGAACUGUGCGAGGAUCACCUGGGUUCCCAAUCUCGCUUUCUUAACUGGCAACGAGGAUCUUACGAAGUUCAUAUCAUUGUCCUCCUCAUCGUCUGGGAAAGCGACUGUGUUGAUCGACACCUGGCUAGACCCGGUGUUCCUAAAGUCGUCGAACAGCACCGUACUUGUUGCUAUGUUUGAUGAGUCCGAAUCUAGCAUCGAUAUUCUCCUUGGCCUUAAGAACCGAACAUACGGGCCAAAAAAUAUCAUUGCCUUCGCUACAUCGGAGUUGGGAUUGCAAUUGAUGCGAGCCACGCUUGGUGAAGGAGUUGAGGAGGGAACUACCAUCACCUAUAAAUGGCUGCCCGAGAGCGAACUUCUCCAGACACUAGGCCCCGAAGCCAACGAUAUUGUCAUUGGCCUGGGAGUUCCCGACAUGGCCCAGAACGCUGCGACACUUGCCAAGCUGGCUCCACUGGCGUGUCUCACAGCUCAUGCUGCUAGUCAGUCAGAUAAGGGAGUAGUUGACGUCACUGUCCCUAGAAGCGUGUGCGUUGGCCAUCUAGCGGAGGAAGAUGCGACCUACGUCCUGUUCGCAUUAAGAACUACGAGUUCGCCAUCGGUUGAACUGCCUGGUUCCGUUGUGCUUCUCUUGCCUACAUCACCAUCCGACGCCCUUGGUAUAUUUGCUUCCACAAUCCAGACCAAGCUUGAAAGUUCCGGUGUGUCUGUCUCGCGAACCAAUCUGACUACAAGCGGCGUGGCUACACUUGGCGGAAAGUCUGUCAUCUCUCUCCUCGAGAUUGACAGGCCACUGGUGUAUGCCUGGGACGAAGAACAAUUCCGAGCCUUCAAGACACUCGUCUCUACGGUCAGGCAUCUUUUCUGGAUUACUCACGGUAGUGUGCUUGAAAGUUGGGCCAACGGUGUUGAAUUCGCAGCAAGCCAGGGGUUGUUCCGAGUGAUGCGCAACGAAUACCCUAUGGCAAUUCUGCCGUCUCUCGAUCUAUCCGCUGUCGCCGACAUUUCUAGUGUCCAAUACACAGAUAUAGUUCUCAAUGUUUGGCGAGCGACUCUGGCCGAGGACGUAGAAGAAAUGGAAUACGCUGAAGGUAACGGUGUGAUUUAUGUUCCUCGUGCCACCGAAGAUGCUAGCUUCGACUACGAACUACAAUUGGCAAGUAAUACGGCGAAACCCAUCCUAUCUACGUUGGGCUCUCUAGGAAAGCCACUGAAAGUGAGCGAGAGUACAAACGAUGCCCAAGGUUGUAUCUGGAUUCCAGACGAAGAUGCCGAGUUACCACUUGAAGUAGGCCAAAUCGAAGUCAAAGUUGAGUAUGCUGGAGUUGGAACUAGCCAAACAAUAAACUCCGUUCACCACGCUGUUGGCGUAGUUACUCGUCGAUCUGACUCGGUGGUCAAGGCAUUGGAUAUUGGACAACGGGCCAUCGUCUUCUCUUACGCUACUUCAAGGACCCAUGUUCGUCAAAACCAAGACCUGGUGGCACCACUCCCCGACGGCCUUGAGCCGCAGGAGGCUGUUGCACUCGUCGAGCCGUUGAUGGCUGCACAGUAUGCGCUUGUCGAGAUAGCUCGUCUGGGUCACGGCCAGGCAUUGCUGCUAGACAACGCAGCCAGUGCGGUCGGACAAGCCCUGAUACAAGUAGCCAAAACCAUUGGGGUCCGUGACAUCUUUGUUCUAGCCCACGGCAGAGCAGAGCGAGACAUGCUUGCUGGCCGGCUUGGGAUUCCUACAGACCACAUCUUCGAUCCAGCCCUGGGUAAUUUCGUGCCGCUCAUCCAAAGUGCUACCCAGAACCGUGGCGUUGAUGUUGUUGUUAGCCAACAGUCUGGGUCACAUGUCUCCAGAGCCAUGUCCAUUCUAAGCGACUUUGGCCAGUUCAUCGACAUCAACAAUUAUAAUAAAGAGACAUUCAACAGAGCGCUUCUUCCAGCCUCAAAAACCAACGUGACUCUCGCUCGCAUCGACAUGGCUGCUGUGAUCCAAGGCAGACCAACUAUCGUCAGCAAACUCUUCCAGCAGGCCUUCACCAAGUACAUCCUCCAAGGACCUUGCCCGUUGACUGUGCUGCCCGUCACCAAUCUUUUGACCUCAAUGAACAACAGCAUCCAAACCGAGAAGGCUGUCGUGGUGUCCUUGAACGAUACAAGUCCAGUGCUCAUGUAUGCACCCCCAGCCAAAGAAUUGAAGCUUGACAGUGAGGCAACAUACGUUCUCGCUGGCGGUCUGGGUGCUCUUGGCCUGGAUAUUACUAACUGGAUGAUCGAAUGUGGCGCCAAAAAUCUAGUUUUCCUGUCUCGAUCGGGCGGGUCAAAGAAUCAAAAGGACCUGCAGAAAUUCGCUGAGCGUUCUGUACGAGCUGAAGCAUUCAAGUGCAAUGUCAACGAUGCUGCUAGUGUUGCCAAAGCAUUCGAAACCCUUAAGGCUAGUGGUAGGAGGGUUGCUGGCGUGAUCCAAUUAGCCAUGGUUCUCGAAGACGGCAUUUUUGACAACAUGUCUUUUGGUCAGUGGCAGCAUGCGAUUGAGCCGAAAACCAAAGGCUCAAGGAACCUCUUGGCCAACCUCUGGCCUGCUGAUAAACCAUUCUUCAUUUUGCUGUCGUCCAUCACCGGUGUUAUUGGCAACACGGCACAGGCCAACUAUGCCUCUGGAAAUACUUAUGAGGAUGCCUUGGCACAUCACGCUCGCACCCAUCUCGGAAUCAACGCUACCAGCAUUGACGUCGGCUUGGUCUCCGAUUCCUCGCACUUUACCACAGCCGGUGAGUUUGGUGACCUCGCCAGCUAUCUGGGCAGGUACCAGCACGGUUGGCGCGGCUUGCAGACGAACCUAGAAGAGCUCAGCAUCGUAAUGCGAACUAUUAUGCGAGGCUCCACCACAAACGGACAGGGUACGAUCCCGGCCCAGGUAGUGCUAGGUCUUGGCGACCGUAUUGAGCACAACGAGAGCAACACUGGAGGCUUCUCGAGAGAUAAGAAGUUCGAGCUCCGUGUCAUUAAAAUCGGAGAACAAGCCGGGGGCAGCAAUGGAAAGCAAGAUGUGGGCACCCUCUUGUCUAUCGCGAAGAGUAUGGCAGAGGCUGCAUCCGCCGUGGAAGAGAACAUCAAAGAACUGGUUGCUGCGGCCAUGGGUGUUUCUUUGGACGAGGUGGAUUCCCAAAGGCCACUCUAUGACUAUGGCGUCGAUUCGUUACAGGCUGUUGAGAUUCGGAAUCGCGCCCAGAAGAACAUGCGAAGUGAUAUUUCAGUCUUUGAUGUUCUGAGCGCCAUGCCCCUAGCUGAUGUAGCCGCCAAGAUAGCGUCCAAGAGUCAGUUAGUUAAGGUGACUGCGAGCGAAGAUUGA